AUGGAGUACCACUCCGGUGGCAGCCUGCCCCUGCUGGGGAGACCACGGUACUGCCCUGGGGCCAAUGCUAAUGGAGGCUACCUGUGUGAGACGGGACACUGCUGUGGAGAGACCGGAUGCUGCACCUACUACUAUGAACUCUGGUGUAAGUUCAGCGCGCUUUAAUAUGUGUUGAUAAUCUGAGGUUAUCUUCAUAAUAAUCAGUUUUUAAAGUGUCUGUCUGCCAGUUGGAGGACGGCUGUAGUAGCUCACCUGCAGCAGCUGCAGUGACCAGCAGAAGAACCUCUACUGCCCCCUAUUGUGGUUGAUUAUCAGCAGAUUAUUUGCUUUCUUUACCAAAGAUAACCAAAACUGGUUCUACAUGAUCCCAAAAAACAACAGUUUAACUGGCAAAGUGUGAUGUCCCAGUUCUCACCUGUGUGGACUGUCAGUAUUUAGUUAAGAAUCAGACAGAAACCAGAUCUAGGCUGGAACGCUCUGGACCUAAAGGUCUAAAUAAACCUGUACUUCUGUGUUCAGGGUUCUGGCUCCUGUGGACUGUCCUCAUCCUGUUCAGCUGCUGCUGCGCUUACCGACACCGACGGGCCAAACUGAGAGUUCAACAACAGCAGAGACAGCGAGAGAUCAGCCUGCUGGCCUACCACGGUGCCAACUCCUACCCCUCCUCCAUGCUGGACCUUAGUAAGACCCCUAAGACCCCCUGCUUUAAAGGACAGUGAACACUGUAGAACCGCUACUUUGCCCUCAACCUUACUGUCCUCCGUCUGUUUCCAGGUUUUCUGGCCUCUCUGAAGCUACCAUCCUACGAGGAGGUGGCAGCUCAACCCUCCACCCCUCCUCCACCCUACAGCUCAGUGUUUACCACCCCACGGUACCCACAGCCUCCACGCACCAGUGACCCCCACCUACUGACACAGCACGGCCCACUGCUGCACCAGACACUCAGCGACGGUCCGUCUUCUCUGAGCUCCGACAACAGGUAACAAGUCCUGGUUCGAAUGGUACUAAUGCUGGUACCACCUUCUAGGGACUUCUGUCAGUCCUGGCCGUGAUCUUUAACGAAGGUUGAUGAUUUUUUCUCUCUCGCAGCUCAAGUUGUUCCUGUGACUCCUGUUGCCCCUCCUCACCAUGUAGCUCCUCCUUGUCUGCACCUGUCACCUAUGAGACUGACACAAGCCACGCCACCACGCCCAGCGAGGCGGCGCCCUUCACUCUUGAUGUCACCUUGGAGACUAUUGCCGCCGCUGCAAAUAGUUUGGAGGUAAAUCAGACACGGUUUGAGUCUGACAGGACUGUUGCCGCGGUAGCCAUCGACAUUAGAGAUGAAGUGGCUUCUGGGGCACAGGAACCAAUUUCUGUGGACUCAUCAGUUCUCAACCAGACUGUUACUGUGGCGCUCGUUACCAAGGUAGAUCCCACCCACUCUCUGCCCUCUCCAGGGUCAGAGAUGGCCCUUCCGGUUGAAAGCUCCUCCCCCACAAUGCCUGACCUAACACCCUUUACUCAAACAGUCAGCACAUGUAGCUCAAGUACACGACUUAGUCCAAUUGUUGAUUCAGCAUCAUCUGCUCACCAGGCUACCACUCCAACUACCCACUCACCGAAAACCACCUCAACACCAGACCCCUCUUGUGACACCCCUACAGACACCCAAACCCUUAAAAUCUUAGACCUAACAAGAAAUGUUGAUCCAGCUGAUGUCCCGAGUAGCUCAAGAUCAGUACCGUCCCCAGAUGUUGAGAAAGUGUUAGUCCUCAUAGCAGACUCCUCUGAUCUCUCUAAUCAUAGUCUUGUGGCGAUCACACCCCCAGAUCUUGCCCAAGCUCCGUCCCCUGAACUUUCAAAUAAAAUACCUUCCAACUUCUCUCAAGCCGAAAGUCCAGUACCCACAAACUCUAUCCAAGCCUUGAGCACAAUGCAUUCAUACCUUACCCAAGGUCCAGAUGCAACGCCUUCAAUAUUUUCUCAAGAUCAAGACACAUCAUCUGCCAACUUUACACAAGUUUCAGUCCCAGUACCCCAAAACCUGGCCCAAGACCCAGUACCAUCAAGUCUCACAGAUAUUUCAACCCCCAUAGAUGCAAACCUUGCACAAGCUCCAGAUGCAAUACCAACAAACUUUUCCCAAGGUGCAGAACUGGUAUCAACAAACCUAAACCCCUCUCCAGAUCAAAUUCCAAAAACUGUAACCCAUUUUCCUGACCAGGUACCUUCAAAACCUGCCCCAGUGCCAAAUUCUCAACCCCAGAUCCUGGAUAUCCCAGACUACAAACCCACCCUCAUCCUGAAUCCAAAUCUCGCACAGUCAAAUGUUGCCCAAGCUACAGAUGCAGCUCCAGCUUCACUUCCCGAUUGCCAGAGGCUAGAACUGUCACCUGGGCUAGGCCUAGCUUUGGGUAUCACAAGCCCAAGGUCAGACUCGCCCCAAUACCAGGGGCCUGCUCUUGUAUCUUGUCCAGAUCCGGCAAGUUCAGGCCUUUCUCUAGUCCUGCCUUUGUCAUCAGAGCCAGUCCUUACCUGUCACUCACCAUCAAAUGUCCAGACUGGUCUAAAUAAUGGUUCUGGACCUUGUCCCACAGUUGGUUCCAUACCAAGUUCACUGUCUAGUCCUGCCCCAGGUCUCACCGUUCAAUCACAAGCAGCCUUCUCUUUCCCCUGCCCGGCCAUAACUGUAGACACCGCGUUUUCUCUGUCUCCCUCUCAGUCGCCCCCUACAGUUCAUUCCCCAUCUUCAACCUCACCCAGAUCACUUCCUUCUCCUCCCUCCCUUUCCUCUCCCCCUGCCCUGUCUCCUACCUCCCACCCUGCUCCGGCUUUACUUCUGGACCCCCUCACUGCUCUGCACCCAUCCAACAAAGGUGGAUCUUCCUCUGGCCAUGCUUCUUCUCUCUCCCCCUCACCUCGUGCCACUCAGUCUCCCCCCAAACAGACUCUGUUUUCCCCCUGUGUGGACAUCUUUGAACCGGGACCCCCCAGCUGGGAAGAUGAUGAGGAGGAUCAGGAUCAGGAUGAUAAUUAUGACGAUGAGGAUGAGGACAUGGGAGCGGACGAGAGCCAGUACAGACAUCGGCGACUUACGGGAGACUCUGGGAUUGAGGUGUGCAGGUGUCGGAUGGAGGAGGAGGAUGAGGAGGAAGAGGAAGAGGAAGAGGAGGAGAAAAGAAAGGAGGAUGGCAGGAAUGGAGGAGGAGGAGUGGAGAAAGAUAAAAAAGGAGUUGCAAACACUGGCCUCCAUGACAGUGUGGACUGCCCUGCCCGCAGUCAGAUAACCACUGAAGAAGAACUUUUACUUUGUAACUCAACCUCCACCACCACACCAACAUCUGAAGACAAUAGCAAAGUCGUCGCCAUGGAGACGGUGUGA